AUGAUGUCAACAUUCCCAUGGACGGCCGCAUGGCUCGUUCUUCUCCUUACCGCAACCACGACCUUGGCUGCGGAGACUGAAGAACAGCAAGCAGAAGAACAACAGCAGAAUCUUCGAAGGGAGCAAGAAGUUACAAUUGAAGACCCGUUUUGGUUCCAAACCGAGCUCCCUGAAGAUUAUGAUUAUAUUCUCCCUGUGGGAACUGCGAAUGAGAUCCUGGGAGGAACCAGAGUGUCGGCGGGUGUGUAUCCCUACUUUGUGUCUCUGGAAUACAACGGUCAAAUCUACUGCGGGGCAACACUUAUAUCACCCAACAGAGUCCUGUCGGCGGCGCAUUGCUUUUUCACGCGUAGUGGGGCCAUCUUUCUACCGACCAAUAUUCGGGUAGGACACGUUAGCACGACGGAUGGUGAAACCGUGGCACCUUCUUGUGUCAAAAUUCAUCCACAGUACGGACAGGAUCGUCAGGGUCUCUACAGCGAUGUGGCUGUCCUCAAGCUCGCCACGCCCGUAACUACCGUCACGGAAUUUUCCCAGCUCAAUUCAUUUGUUGGCUAUCCCACGGACCAGGCUCAGGGUCUCA